AUGUCGCGUGAUCAACGUGUGCAGGACAACUGGGCACUCCUGCAUGCAGCAGAAGUUGCUGCCAAGAGUCAUGCCCCGGUCGCUGUGGUCUUCAACCUUGUCCCAUCGUACCUGAACGCCGGUGCCCGCCAGUUCGGCUUCAUGCUGCGGGGCCUGAAGCUGAUGCAGCCCAAGCUGGAGGCCCUCAACAUCCCCUUCUUCCUCCUCAAGGGGGACCCUGUGCAGACGGUGCCAGAGCUCGUACAGAGGACCGGUGCCAGCCUGCUUGUCACCGACUUUGCUCCCCUCCGCCUUGGCAGGCAGUGGCGCGACCAGGUGGCGGAGAAAUUGAGCGUUCCCUUCCACGAGGUGGACGCACACAACGUGGUGCCCUGCUGGGAAGCCAGCGACAAGCGGGAGUAUGGGGCGCGCACAAUCCGCCCCAAAAUCCACAGGCAGCUGCCAGAAUUCCUGCAGCCGUACCCAGACUUGGGCAAGCAGCCCAAGUGGGAGCUGGACGUGAAGCCGGAUGCAGUGGACUGGGAUGCAGAGAUCGCAGCUGUGGUGGAGAGGGGAAAAGAUGUCCCAGAGGUUGACUGGGUCAAACCCGGCGAAGAUGCUGCCAUGGAGGCGCUUCUUGGGGAGAAGGGGUUCUUGUCAAAGGAGCGGCUGUCCAUCUACAACACCAAGCGCAACAAUCCCAACUUCCCCAAAGCACUGUCUCAGCUGUCCCCGUUCCUGCACUUUGGCCACCUGUCCGCCCAGCGCGCUGCACUGGAAGCUUCCAAGCUCCGCAGCAAGUUCAAGGAGGGUGUGGAGGCAUUCAAUGAGGAGUGCGUGGUGCGGCGGGAGCUGUCUGACAACUACUGCUUCUACACGCCCAACUAUGACACCCUGGACGCCUGCUACCCCUGGGCCAGGGAGACUCUGCAGAAGCACACCGCAGACAAGCGAGAAUUCAUCUACACCCGGGAGGAAUUAGAGGAGGGCAAGACACAUGACCUGCUGUGGAAUGCGGCGCAGCUGGAGAUGGUGCAUCACGGCAAAAUGCACGGCUUCAUGCGCAUGUACUGGGCCAAGAAGAUCUUGGAAUGGACCAACAGCCCCGAGGAGGCGCUUGAGAUUGCUAUUGUGCUGAAUGACAAGUAUGAGAUCGACGGGCGCGACCCAAACGGCUAUGUGGGCUGCAUGUGGAGCAUUGGAGGCAUCCAUGAUCAGGGCUGGGGAGAGAGGCCGGUGUUUGGCAAGAUCCGCUACAUGAACGCCAAGGGGUGCCAGCGCAAAUUCGACUGCAAGGCCUAUAUCAAGCUCAUUGAUGACAUGAUGGCCAAGGUCAAGGCGCAGCAGGAGAGAAAAAGCCGUUGA